AUGGCUUCCAAGGGUGGAUCCAGUGUCCCAAAGUUUUCCUCCUUCAAGCGGAAGACUGAGACACCACCUGCAGUGGAGGAAGAAAAGCAGACUGCGCCCGCCGCAACUAAUGACGAGGUCCGAAGGAAGGACAAGGACAGAUCUCAAAGACGCCAAGGCAUAUCUCAUUCUGAUGUGACCCAACUGCCAGAGCGCGGGUCCAGGAAGGAUGGAAGGAACACCAGGCGCCAGCCUCUCGUUUCACCACAUCCCGCUCAGCCUCAUCAAACCGGAAAUGAUAUCUUCGUCAUUGACAAGACUGGCGAUGGUCUCAUUCGGCGGUAUGGCAGCAACAACCGCUACGAUAUCCCUGGAUAUCGGCGCAUCGGUGCAGGCCGCCUUUUGGGGUCCAAUGCAUUCCUCAGAAUCGACCGUACAAGCGCUCGCCAGGAGUUUUCCCUGCUUGGCUUUGGCGAGGGCAGCUCUGCGCUCAGCCGUCAUCGAAAGAGCGUACUGGCCAACGCCGGGAGGGAAUCAUCAGAUGUGGUUCGAGUUCGGGCUGAUACAUCGGGAAAAUUCACCGGAAGCGAAGAUUUCCUGGCUCUGCGACAGUCGAAGAAACGGAAGCGGGACGAGUCUCUCUCAGAUCACGAGACUUCGGGCGAGGACAAACCCUCCUACAAGUCCAUUCAUGGCAUGAGCAAGAAGCACGAACACUCGGACAGCGAUGAAGCUUACGGAAGUGAUUCCUCAUCGGAAACUGGCCCGCCAGACACCAAUGACCCAGUCAAGCUACGAGGCAUUGAACUAUCUGCUCGCGUGAAAACACAACCAGACGAUAUGGAUGCCUGGAUUGAGCUUGUAGGUCAUCAAGACGUUUUACUCCGGGCCACUGAGCACGGUGAUCGGAGAGCGACGCAGGCAGAGGUCAGAAGCUUUGCCGACAUCAAGCUCUCUCUACUCGACAAAGCUCUUGCGCAUGCCAAGACCCCUGAAUAUACCAGAGCAUUACGGCUUCAGGUUAUGCAUGAGGGCUCGAAGGUAUGGGAUCCCAAAACAUUGACACAGCGCUGGGAGAAUCUUCUGAAAGACCACGGUACAAGUUUUGAGAUUUGGAGGUCAUACGUAAUGUUCAGACAGACCAAUCUAUCAACGAUCCGGUAUGACGAUAUUAAGCGCCUCUAUACCGCCAGACUGCGUGUGAUUGAAGAAGAAAUAGCCUGUUCCAGCUCUGCUUCAGAUAAGCAAGCCUUGUAUGGUCAGAUGGCAGUCGUCUUUCUGGCUGCCACCCAGUUCAUUGCGGAUUCUGGCUUCGGAGAACUCGCGGCAGCAGCAUGGCAGGCUACUUUGGAGUUGAACUUUCACCGCCCGCAAUCUUUGGCUAAUGUCUCCAAGGAUUCGGCCUUGUCAAGUUUUCAAGGCUUCUGGGAAAGCGAGGUUCCGCGCAUCGGUGACGAUUCAGCGCAAGGAUGGGCGAACUUCCACGAUUCGGGCGGGAUGGACGAGGCAACUGAACCUAAGUCGUUCUCUUCGGGCAAAGUUCCCCAAACAAGAGACCCAUACAAGGCAUGGGCGGCUAUCGAAACACAAAGAGCUCAGGACGCUGUGACUCCUGCGCGCACUAUGGACGACGGUACUGAAGAUGACCCCUAUCGAGUUGUCAUGUACUCGGAUAUAGAGGAGCUUCUGGUGUUUAUUGCAACCGAAGCAUUACCCAUAGUACGAGGACAACUGGUCGAUGCAUUUCUCCUGUUCAACCAGCUUCCGGUGGCGUUUGGUACCAGCAAUACCAUCCUCGCCAGUUCGAAGGAUUGCCUAGCCGGUGGCAUCCGCAACUUGCCUAUUACCGCAGGCAAUGACGAAAAGGAGUCGGUCGGAGAAGUCGGCCAGAGUACCUUUCCACAACCAGCAUUUGAGCACCGAUACCAAGCGAUUGCAAAAUCCACUGAAGUGCUGUUCCCAUCACAAUCAUGGUUCAAGUACUUGAGUCCUAUCCGUGGCAUCGUGCCAGCUGCGCAGUUUGGCCUUGUAAUGACUACUGUGAGGCAGCUCGCGUUAUCUUCACACCAGAGUGAAUUUGCAACAUACUGUCUUGCCCUCGAAUGUUAUAACAAUGCUGGUGGCAGCAAAAAAGCUGCAAAGGCUUUGUUGAAACAAGAUGCGGGCAACAUUGAGCUUUACGUGGGUUUUGCCAAGUCUGAAUUCGUCAAAGGGGCCAAGGAUAGUGCCAGGAAUGUUGCAUCUGCCUCCCUAGGCUUACCAUCAUUGUCAUCUCACGAUCGAUUACUGCUUUGCCUUACCUGGGCGUGGAUGGAGAUUGAGGAUGGCCAGUUGAAAGAAAGCCUGCGGAGGCUAUGCCAUGCUUCACAGGACGACCCGUCUGAGGAUCUAGCAACUCCAGCUCAGGUCUUGAAGAUGAAGCAGAUGCUGACAGGGAGCCGCGACCACCUCCUAUCGUCUAGGGAUGCUGAUACUGCCGUCACAUAUGCAAAAGGCUUGGCACUUCUGGAGUAUAUGACUCGGAGUAGCGGCAAAGAGCCUCAGUCUGGGUCACAGGGCGACGUGUGGUCCGCAAUGGCAUCGAUAGAGUCUUGCUCAGCAGAGCUCAUCUCUCGAGGGUUCAGAGAAUCUCCGGCGCACGAGAAACUACUACAGUUCGCUGCUGAACUCCUCUUUUAUCAUGCAAACCACGGUCCAUAUCGACCGGCCUUUCUACGCGAGCACAUUGAACGAUAUAUUACCCUCUUCCCUCAGAACACCAUAUUUCUCAACCUCUAUGCCUGGAGGGAAGAGCGUCUGAGCAUUGACGAUAGGGUCCGGUCGCUCCUAGAUCUGGUCGUUUUAACUAAAGCACACGAUUGCGUCAGUAGUCGAGUCUUUGCGAUCCGCCACGAAAUGGGAACCGGCAAUGUACACUCUACUCGGGCAGCUUUCGAGCGUGCAGUCGAGAGCGAAACGUGUAAGCAUCAUGUCGGGGUCUGGAUAUCUUACAUACGAUACUGUCACCAGAAGAAAGAGCUUCGUUCGAAGGCUAAGGACGUGUUCUAUCGCGCCAUUCAGGAAUGUCCCUGGUCGAAACACGUUUUCAUGGAGGCAUUUGUGACGCUCGCCAGGGAUAUGGACUCUUCAGAACUCAAGUCGGUGUAUAACACGUUAUGCGAGAAAGGCCUACGGGUGCAUGUUGAGCUUGAUGAGUUUGUGCGGUCUUGGAAACAGGACCAAAAGCGUCGAGCUUAG